UGCGGGACACAGAAACUGGGUGGAUUAAAAGUGCAGACCGUCCAACCUCGCAGAGACACGCCUGACGGCGCAGCUGGACCCCACGACGGAGUGGAGAGACGCGGCUGGAAGAGCAUAGACAGAGAAGACGCGUGUAUCUCACCUCGGCUGCUGCUUGUUCUGUGAACAGAAGGUGUCGUCGAGCGGGACGUCUGCUGCUGCAAACACGGACUCAAACAGACGAGCCGAGCUCACCUCCAGUGCCUGCAGCUGAAAACCAGCAACCAUGUCAGACGCAGACAAGUUCCUGUAUGGGGACCGCAGUGGGGUGAACAACCCCCUGGCCCAGGCCGACUGGGCCACCAAGAAACUAGUGUGGGUCCCCUCUGAGAAGCUGGGCUUUGAGGCCGGCUCCGUCAAGGAGGAGCUUGGAGAUGAGUGUUUGGUGGAGCUGACGGACUCUGGCAAGAAGGUGAAGGUGAACAAGGAUGACAUUCAGAAGAUGAACCCACCCAAAUUCAACAAGGUGGAGGACAUGGCGGAGCUCACCUGCCUGAACGAGGCCUCUGUGCUGCACAACCUCAAGGAGAGAUACUACUCUGGACUCAUCUAUACGUACUCUGGUCUCUUCUGUGUGGUGAUCAACCCGUACAAGUACCUCCCCAUCUACACUGAUGAGAUAGUGAACAUGUACAAGGGCAAGAAGAGACACGAGAUGCCCCCUCACAUCUACUCCAUCACAGACACAGCCUACAGGAGCAUGAUGCAGGAUCGUGAGGACCAGUCCAUCCUCUGCACCGGGGAGUCAGGAGCAGGGAAAACAGAAAAUACCAAGAAAGUCAUUCAGUAUCUUGCCCAUGUUGCUUCAUCUUUCAAGUCCAAGAAAGAUCAGGGCAAUGCAGUUUUGUCACAUGGGGAAUUGGAGAAACAGCUGCUGCAGGCAAACCCCAUCCUGGAGGCCUUUGGCAAUGCCAAAACCGUCAAGAACGACAACUCCUCAAGAUUUGGAAAAUUCAUCAGGAUUAACUUUGAUGUCAAUGGAUACAUUGUUGGAGCCAACAUUGAGACUUAUCUACUGGAGAAGUCUCGGGCUGUCCGACAAGCUAAAGAGGAGAGGAGCUUCCACGUCUUCUACUACAUACUGUCAGGAGCGGGAGACAAACUGCGCUCCGAGUUGUGCCUGGAGGAUUACAGCAAGUAUCGUUUCCUGUCCAAUGGGAACAUGACGAUUCCUGGUCAGCAGGACAAAGACCUGUUCACCGAGACCGUGGACGCAUUUCAGAUCAUGGGCAUCCCAGAGGAGGAAAGAAUCGGUCUGCUGAAGGUGGUGUCAGCUGUGCUGCAGUUGGGGAACAUGACAUUCAAGAAGGAGCGCAACACUGAUCAGGCCUCCAUGCCUGAUGACACCGCUGCUCAGAAAGUGUGUCAUCUGCUGAGCAUCAAUGUGACCGAAUUCUCACGAGCCAUCCUGUCUCCCAGAAUCAAGGUUGGCAGGGACUACGUCCAAAAGGCCCAGACCCAGGAGCAAGCUGAGUUUGCUGUCGAGGCUCUGGCCAAAGCCUCUUAUGAAAGGAUGUUCCGCUGGCUGGUUAUGAGGAUCAAUAAGGCACUGGACAAGACCAAGAGACAGGGAGCCUCCUUCAUUGGCAUCCUUGACAUCGCUGGAUUUGAGAUCUUUGAGUUGAACUCAUUCGAGCAGCUGUGUAUCAACUACACCAACGAGAAGCUGCAGCAGCUCUUCAACCACACCAUGUUCAUCCUGGAGCAGGAGGAGUACCAGAGGGAGGGCAUCGAGUGGAGCUUCAUUGACUUUGGCCUCGAUCUGCAGCCCUGCAUCGACCUCAUUGAAAAACCUAAUGGUCCUCCAGGCAUCCUGGCCCUGCUGGAUGAAGAGUGCUGGUUCCCCAAAGCCACAGACAAGACCUUUGUGGAAAAAGUGGUUCAGGAGCAGGGAUCAAAUUCCAAGUUCCUGAAACCCAAAAAACUCAAGGACGAUGUUGAUUUCUGCAUUAUACACUAUGCUGGAAAGGUGGACUACAAAGCAGAUGAGUGGCUGAUGAAGAACAUGGAUCCUCUGAAUGAGUGUGUGGCCAAUUUGCUCAAUCAGUCUACUGACAAAUUUACCGCUGACUUGUGGAGAGACAUGGAUCGUAUUGUCGGCCUGGAUAAGGUGGCAGGGAUGUCGGACUCCAUGCAUGGUGCUUUCAAAACCCGUAAGGGCAUGUUCCGCACUGUGGGCCAGCUGUACAAGGAGCAGCUGGGUAACCUCAUGGCCACACUCAGGAACACCAACCCUAACUUCGUCCGCUGCAUCAUCCCCAACCACGAGAAGAAGGCAGGUAAACUGGAGUCUCACCUGGUUCUGGACCAACUGAGGUGUAAUGGAGUCCUUGAGGGGAUUCGCAUCUGCAGACAAGGAUUCCCCAACCGCAUCGUCUUCCAGGAGUUCAGACAGAGAUAUGAAAUCCUCACUCCUAAUGCCAUCCCAAAAGGCUUUAUGGAUGGCAAGCAAGCCUGCGUGCUCAUGAUCAAAGCUCUGGAGCUGGACCCAAACCUGUACCGCAUCGGUCAAAGCAAAGUGUUCUUCAGAGCCGGAGUCCUCGCACACCUGGAGGAGGAGAGAGACAUGAAGAUCACUGAUGUGAUCAUCAGCUUCCAGGCCUGGUGCAGAGGAUAUGUGGCCCGCAAAGCCUUUGCUAAGAGACAGCAGCAGCUGACAGCCAUGAAAGUGAUCCAGAGGAACUGUGCUGCAUACCUCAAACUCAGGAACUGGCAGUGGUGGCGGCUUUUCACCAAGGUGAAGCCUCUGCUGCAGGUCACCAGGCAAGAGGAGGAGAUGGUGGCCAAAGAAGAAGAGCUGAUGAAGGUGAAGGAGAGACAACUGCAGGCUGAGGAGCACCUUAAAGAACUGGAGUCCAAGCAACAACAGCUGGCUGCUGAGAAGUUGGCUCUUCAAGAGCAGCUGCAGGCAGAGACAGAGCUAUGUGCGGAGGCUGAGGAGAUGAGAGCCCGUCUGGCGACCAGGAAGCAGGAGCUAGAGGAGAUCCUGCAUGAAAUGGAGUCUCGUCUGGAGGAGGAGGAGGAGAGGGUCACCCAGAUGCAAACCGAGAGAAAAAAGAUGCAGCAGAACAUAACGGACCUGGAGCAGCAGCUGGAUGAGGAGGAAGCAGCCAGGCAGAAGCUUCAGAUGGAGAAGGUCACCACAGAUGCCAAGCUGAAGAAGCUUGAGGAGGACAUCAUGGUGCUGGACGACCAGAACAACAAGUUCAGCAAGGAGAAGAAACAGCUGGAGGAAAGGAUCUCUGAGUUCACCACCAACUUGGCUGAGGAGGAAGAGAAGUCCAAAAGUUUGCAGAAGCUCAAGAAUAAACAUGAAGCUAUGAUCACAGAUUUGGAGGAUCGACUCAGAAGAGAGGAGAAAUCGCGCCAGGAGUUGGAGAAGAACCGUCGCAAACUUGAGGGAGACUCCACUGAGCUCCAUGACCAGAUUGCAGAACUUCAGGCCCAGAUCACUGAACUCCGAGCUCAGCUGGAGAAGAAAGAGGAGGAGCUCCAGGCUGCUCUCACUAGGAUUGAGGAGGAGGCUGCAGCCAAGAACAUGGCCCAGAAGAAGAUCAGGGAGCUGGAGGCUCAAAUCUCUGAAAUGCAGGAGGAUCUGGAGCUAGAGAGGCAGGCGCGCUCCAAGGCAGAGAAACACCGCAGGGACCUGGGAGAAGAGCUGGAGGCCCUCAAGACUGAGCUGGAGGACACUUUGGACUCUACUGCAGCACAGCAGGAACUCAGGACCAAGCGUGAGACAGAGGUCACCCAGCUGAAGAAGACUCUGGAAGAAGAGGCCAAGCUCCACGAGCAGCAGAUGGCUGACAUGAGACAGAAACACAAUCAGGUGUUCGAUGAGCUCAACGAGCAGCUGGAACAGGCCAAAAGGAACAAGGUGUCCGUGGAUAAAGCCAAGCAGUCCCUAGAGAGCGAGCUGAAUGAGCUGCAAAUCGAGCUGAAGACGCUGACUCAGGGCAAAGGAGAUUCUGAACAUCGUCGCAAGAAGGCCGAAUCCCAGGUUCAAGAGCUGCAGGUUAAGUGCGGAGAAAGUGAACGACAAAGGCAGGAGUUGGCUGAGAAGAUGACCAAGAUGCAGGCGGAGCUAGAAAAUGUAAACAGCCUCCUGAGCGAAGCCGAGGGUAAGAACAUCAAAUCCAGCAAAGACCUUUCUGCUACAGAGUCUCAGCUGCAGGAUGCACAGGAGUUGCUCCAAGAGGAGACUCGUCAGAAGCUGUCCAUCUCCACACGCCUGAGGCAGAUGGAAGACGAGCAGAACAGCCUGCGGGAGAUGCUGGAGGAAGAGGAGGAGAGCAAAAAGAAUGUGGAGAAGCAGGUCUCCACGCUGCAGACCCAGCUGGCAGAGAUGAAGAAGAAACUAGAACAGGAGGCCUCAAACCUGGAGGGGGCAGAGGAGGCCCGCAAGAAAUACCACAGAGAGUUGGACAGUGUGAUGCAGCAACUGGAGGAGAAGUCCUCAGCCUACGACAAACUGGACAAGACAAAAACGCGUUUACAGCAGGAGCUGGAUGAUCUCAUACUGGACCAGGACCACCUGAGGCAAAUGGUCUCCGGCCUGGAGAAGAAGCAGAAGAAGUUUGACCAGAUGCUGGCAGAGGAGAAAACAAUCUCCACUCAAUAUGCAGAAGAACGCGACAAGGCUGAGGCUGAAGCCAGGGAGAAGGAGACGAGAGCCCUGACACUGGCCCGCGAGUUGGAGACCAUGACAGACCUGAAAGACGAGUUGGACCGAGCCAAUAAACUGCUCAAAGCUGAGAUGGAAGACUUGAUCUCCUCCAAGGAUGAUGCUGGCAAGAGUGUUCAUGAGCUGGAAAGGUCAAAGCGAGCCACAGAGCAGCAGCUUGAGGAGAUGAGAGUUCAGCUGGAGGAGCUGGAGGAUGAGCUGCAGGCCACGGAGGACGCCAAACUGCGUCUGGAGGUCAACAUGCAGGCCAUGAAGGCCCAGUUUGACCGUGACCUGCAGGCCAGAGAUGAGCAGGGAGAGGAGAAGAGGAGACAGCUGGUUAAACGGGUGCGUGAGAUGGAGCUCGAGCUGGAAGAUGAACGCAGGCAGCGCAGUCAGGCUCUCUCAGGCAGGAAGAAGCUGGAGAUGGACCUGGCAGAGCUCCAACUCCAGAUCGAUGCUGCCAACAGGGCGCGUGAUGAGGCCCUCAAACAGCUGAAAAAACUCCAGGCUCAAAUGAAAGAGCUGAUGAGAGAGCUUGAUGAGAUGCGUUUGUCCAGAGAUGAAGCCGUCAACGGGGCAAAGGAGACUGAGAGAAAGCUCAAAGCCAUGGAGGCCGACGUCCUGCACUUCCAGGAGGAACUGGCCACUGCAGAAAGACUCAAGAGACAGACUCAGACCGAGAGAGAUGAGCUCCAGGAGGAGAUUAAUAGCAGCAACACCAAGAAUUCUCAGCUGGCAGAGGAGAAGAGGAGACUGGAGGCUCGUAUCACCCAGCUGGAGGAGGAGUUGGAGGAAGAGCAGAUCAACACCGAGAUGGUCAACGACCGUCUGAAGAGAACCACGCUGCAGACUGAACAGUUGAAUACAGAGCUGACUGCAGAGCGCAGCACUUCCCAGCGGCUCGAGGGGGCUCGUUCCCAGCUGGAUCGUCAGAACAAGGAGCUUAAACUGAAGCUGCAGGAGCUUGAGGGAACCAUCAAGUCUAAGUACAAAUCCUCCAUCACCACCCUGGAGGCCAAGAUCGCUCAGCUGGAAGAACAGCUGGACAUAGAGUCAAAAGAGCGUCAUCAGGCCUCCAGGCUGGCCAGGCGGACGGAGAAGAAGCUGAAGGAGGUGCUGCUACAGGUGGAAGAUGAGAGGCGCAACACUGACCAAUACAAGGACCAGGUGGAGAAGACAAACAGCCGAAUGCGUCAGCUGAAGCGUCAGCUAGAGGAGGCUGAGGAGGAGGUGACACGAGCCAACGCCUACCGGAGGAAGCUGCAGAGGGAGCUGGAUGAUGCCGUGGAGUCAGCAGACGUGAUGAACCGUGAAGUCAGCACUCUGAAGAGCAAGCUCAGGCGUGACUUGCCUUUCAAUAUGCGACGUACCAUGAAUCGCUCUGGUCUGGAGAGCGAUGAGGAAGUCGAAGUUUCUGCCGAAGCAUCUGAGCCUGCAGCUGAGUGAACGGAGAGGAGCCAAAAGGGAAAUGUUACGACCACUGUCAACAUGCAGAUAUAAUUAAACAUUAGCCAUGCCAACUAUCAAGUAUUUUUUUUUUAAUUCCCCUUGACUUUCAUAUUAUAGCCUUACUGUUACUUUCCAUGCAAUGCAAUCAUAUUUGGCCAAAUAAUGUUAUUCAUCUCAAUGAAUGUGAGAGAUGUUACUUUAUACUUUACAGAUACUUUAAUGGUCCAUUUUUUUACUAAAUGGGUAUAUCAUCAAACAUUCCUCUUGUCACUAGCCAUUGCAGUUUAGUUUUAUCUGUGCUGGAGGUUCAUGUGCUGUUACUGUGCAGGUUUUGGUAAAACACUGGACAUUUUACGCUGGUUUUGCACACACAAAUAUUGGGUCUUUGGGGAGUUUUGAUUUAGUACCAAACUGUGGUUCACAUUGACUAGUUUCACCUUAAAUCUGUGUAUCCAUAUUGUAUGCUUUUCCUCUCACUGUGUUAUCCUUUUAUGUUCUUACCUCAACCGGUUUUGCAUUAUGCCAACAAACUAAAUGGACACAAGAGUGGACAUUGUUCAGUUCAUCCAAGUGGUGUAGUCCAAAUACAGCAAUGUUGGUGAAAAUGUUGAUACACAUUUUGUACAAUCUUCUCUCAUGGCUUGGUUGAUGUGUAAUUUCUCACUGUUUUUACACUUCAUUGAUUGCUGGUGGUGGGUCAUCAUGUAGUCGUUGUCACUGUGCUGUGUUUUCUGCUAUGCUUUGCACAGCAGAGGGAGUUUCUAUUAGCACAUAAUAAAUCCUGCAUAUUUUAGAUUGAGUAUGAUACCUUAACACUGUAUUAUCAAACUAAUUACAUGUCAUAUGAUGCCAAUAUUUGAAGGCUAUUCUAUAUUUUAUCAAAUGCCUUACUGCAAUAAAUAAACUAACAAAUGCUUUUGGA